UUCGCUCUGCUCACUCUACUACAGAAGAAGAAGAACAUCAGAAUUGCAAUCCAAAAUCACGCUGUGUAAUAGUUUGAUUCACGCUGAAAUUAAGUACAAAAUGUUGAAUAUACUAACCCUAGCGCUAGCCGCUGGUGCCGGAGCUUCAAGGAAGUCUUAUGUAACGGAUCCAAACGAUAUUGAAUUCGGUAAUAUUUGGUGGUUUGUUUAUGCCGGAGUUUCCUGCCUUCUUGUACUCUUCGCCGGAAUCAUGUCAGGUCUCACUUUGGGAUUGAUGUCUCUUGGAGUUGUUGAGCUCGAGAUUCUUCAGAGGAGUGGUACGAACAGAGAGAAGAAGCAAGCAGCUGCUAUCCUACCAGUUGUGCAAAAGCAACACCAACUUCUUGUAACAUUGCUUCUUUGUAAUGCUGCAGCAAUGGAGGCUCUUCCUAUUUACCUGGAUAAGAUUUUUCAUCCGGCAGUUGCAGUGGUGUUGUCUGUGACCUUUGUGCUGAUUUUUGGAGAGGUAAUACCACAAGCAAUAUCAACAAGAUAUGGGCUUGCUGUGGGUGCUAAUUUUGUGGGGCUUGUCCGAGUUUUGAUGAUCAUUUGCUAUCCUAUUGCUUAUCCUGUUGGAAAGGUUUUAGAUGUUUUAAUUGGGCAUAAUGAUGCCCUGUUUCGGCGUGCCCAGUUGAAAGCCCUUGUCUCCAUUCAUGGCCAAGAGGCUGGUAAAGGGGGUGAGCUUACACACGAUGAGACUACCAUCAUAAGUGGAGCACUUGACUUGACGGAGAAGACUGCAGAGGAGGCCAUGACACCUAUUGAGUCAACAUUCUCUCUGGAUGUCAAUUCAAAAUUGGACUGGGAAGCAAUUGGGAAAAUUCUUGCCAAAGGCCAUAGCCGUGUUCCUGUCUAUUCUGGGAAUCCCAAGAACAUUAUCGGACUCCUACUGGUGAAAAGCCUUCUUACAGUUAGGGCAGAAACAGAGACUCCAGUUAGCGCUGUUUCCAUUAGGAAAAUCCCCAGGGUUCCAGCAGAUUUGCCAUUGUACGACAUCCUUAAUGAGUUUCAGAAAGGUAGCAGUCAUAUGGCAGCCGUAGUUAAAGUCAAAAGCAAGGAGCCUCUGCCUGCUGAUGUCCGUGAUCGGAAAUUAGUUGAGAAAAAUGAAACUGGACAUUCACAACUAACUAAACCAUUGUUGCCCAAGCUUGAAGAAGAAUUAGAUUUUGUGGUCAAUGUUGAGAAGACUUUGAAGCCGACCGUGCAACAUACUGGUGGCAUAACAAAAAGUUUAACAUGUACGGCUGAAGAUCUUGAAGAUGGAGAAGUCAUUGGCAUCAUCACCCUGGAAGACGUUUUUGAAGAGCUUCUACAAGAGGAAAUUGUUGACGAAACUGAUGUAUAUGUAGAUGUACAUAAAAGAAUACGUGUAGCUGCUGCAGCAGCUGCUGCUUCAUUUGUUGCCCGCACUCCCUCAACCAGAAGGCUAGCCGCUCAAAGACCCACAGGAGUCAAAGAAGACAAGGACAAACCACCAGCGUUGAUCGGUUAAAUCUGGGACGCUACAGUUGGAGCCUUUCUCGGUGGUAGUAGAAGUAGAUAGCUACUUAGAAUAACAAUCUAUUCUCCCUUUACCAUGCAAAAUUUUAUUGCCAGGGUUGUGACCGUUUACACGAAGGGCGGAAAGCUAAAUAGGUAAAAAAAAACGAAAAAACAGUUUUUCCUGUUUCUAUUUUUGCUAAUUAGGUUUUACAGGAUCCAUCAGUGUUGCCGUGUUUUGGAGAAUACAGGAAGGAAGCAGGACGGUAACCAGUUGCUUUUUGUACUCUUCUAGGGUCUGUUUUCAAUGUCUUUUGUUAGGUACCACUUUUUUCGUUGUUGUGGUUUUUAGAGACGUGUAAAUAAAUAAAUAAA